AUGAAACCCCAAGGACCCUGAGCAAGAAAGACAGUGUUCUGAGAAACAAGAACCAUGAAAUGCCUCACAAAUGACAGUUCUGUUUUCUUCUGUUCCUCCAAGUCGGACAGCCAUGUGCUAGCUGAGCAGGAUGCCAGAGUCGCCAUGUCACUGUCACACUGCUGGAGCAGGAAUAUAGUGAAACUACAGAGGGAUGCACAGAGCUGAGAGUAGCUGAACAUGGCUCACACACUUGCACACACACAAACACAAACACAAUCUCUGAGUGAUCCACACAGGACAAUGUGCAACAUUUCAUUCUGUGAUGUGGACAGUAAGGUGGACCAGUUCUUCCAACCCGCACUCUACAUCAUAGUCAUUGUUCUGGGGCUGCCCGCUAACUGCAUGGCCCUGUGGGCUGCCUACAUGCAGGUACGCCAGCGAAAUGAGCUCGGCAUCUACCUGAUGAACUUGUCGGUGGCUGACCUCCUCUACAUUGCCACUCUUCCUCUCUGGAUCGACUACUUCCUGCAGCACGAUGACUGGAUCCACGGUCAAGAGAGCUGCAAGCUGUUUGGUUUCAUCUUCUACACUAACAUCUAUGUCAGCAUCGCUUUCCUCUGCUGUAUAUCACUAGACAGGUACCUGGCUGUGGCAUAUCCCCUGCGCUUCGCCAAAGUUCGACGAAUCAAAACAGCUGUCCUGGUCAGCUCCAUAGUGUGGACCAUUGAGAUUAUAGCCAACUGUGCUCCUCUCUUCCACGACGAGCUCUUCCGGGAUCAGUUCAACCACACCUUCUGCUUUGAGAAAUAUCCCAUGCAGGACUGGGUGGCAGGGAUGAACCUCUACAGGACAUUUUUAGGCUUCCUUGCACCUUGGAUAGCUAUGCUGGUUGCCUACCGUGGAAUUCUGGUUGCAGUGCGCUGCAAUAUCUCAACAGAGCGCCAGGAAAAGGCCAAAAUUCAGCGGCUGGCGUUGAGUUUGAUCCUGAUUGUUUUACUCUGCUUUGGGCCGUACCAUGUCUUACUCCUGGUGCGGAGUGUGAUUGUGAUGUUUCUAAGGAAGCCAUGUGACUGUGGCUCAGAGGAAAGCUUGUUUGCAGCAUACCAUGUAUCACUGGCCCUGACCAGCCUCAACUGUGUUGCUGACCCCAUCUUGUACUGUUUUGUUAAUGAGGGAGCAAGGCACGAUGUUAGCCGAGCCCUCUCAGCUUUACUGUCUGCAGCCUGCCAGAGGGGUUCCUCUUCCUCACCAUCGCAUGUUGACAUACUCAACACUGGUUCAGUGACAAUGGAAACACCACUGUCAACAAAGAAGCAGCCUUGUGUCUAUGCUGAUGGAGGCAAGACAAGCAGCUACAAGACAGAACUGGUGGCUCUGAAGGAGGAGUGUCUACAGAUGACCAUCCUCAGUGUGAAGAAGUGAUGUCUACCUGGAAUAUACAGUAGCACAUCCCGACAGUUCAGCUCAGUGGACAAAGGAAGCACCUAACAUGGCACAUUUCUUCUGGCCUGACAGGCUGAAAUCAGAUCACGUAGCUGUAGAUGCUAGGGGUAAUGGCACAUUAACAAGCCAGAAUGAGACUAAAGAAGUAAACAAUCUGAAGCUACAGGAGCAAAACCUGUACAGCUUGUUGGGUGAAUGAAAAAUGGAAAAACCCUUUUGCUGUUGUUAGAUCAUUACUACUACAGGGGCACAAAUAUUAGAGCCUGGCCUGAAGGUGGCACCAGUUCACCUGGUCAUGUUGUCAAUCAACAGGGUUUAUCCUUUGCACAGUGGCCAUGUUGUGACAUCUCAGGCUGACAGCUAGUCUCGCUCAUGUCACUAAUGACUAAAGCUGUACUUUAUCAGCAGCUGUGCAGCUAUAAUGCAUGCUAAAGUUAGCAUGUUAACAUGCUGUGUUAGCAUUAAUUCCAAAGUGCAGCUGAGUCUGACAAGUCAUUAGUUUUUGGAAAAAUUUUGAACUGCUGCACUAUUUGAAAAGUCAAAACACACCAAAGUCUUUAGGAUUCAGCCUCGGUGGGCCAUGAAUGUAUGUUCCACAUUCUAUGCCAGUCCAUGCUGUAAAUGUUUAAAUAUUUUAGUCUGACCCCUAAAGUCAUGUCUUAGUGUGGCUAAUGAGGACCUUAUGAAAAACAAUUUGAAUUUUUGGACAAUGUCCCAACUGUGACAGGAGUCAUUCAUGCCUACAUGUAGGAAGACAUUCUUGAGUAUUUAAGUGUUAUUAUUUAAACAGACCAUCCUCUACAUGGGUGAGUAUUGCAUUCAGACUGCAUGGACACCCAGCUGGACAAACAGCGGAUGUAGAUGAUCGGGGUUUGACACCUAAAUGUGCCACUUUGGAAUAUGAAAGAAGAGCAGAUGUGUAACAGAAAAGAUUGUUGGUUAUUGUUCUAAUGUAAUUGUAAUUCUUGUUGAAAGUACUGAAGUUAAUAAUGAAGCCUUAUAAAGUACCUCAGCUCAUAAACUGUGAUAGCAAGAAGGCUUAGAGUAGUCUUUCUUAUGUAAAGUCAGCCAUUUUGGUUUUUCAUUUUUACCACAGGCAGCAAAAUAGUCAGAACUCAGUCCACUGAAAUCACAAACACAAAAAAGCUAAACCAAAGCCUUUUACUGUAUCCAGCUCAGUUUGAAAGCCAAAUGUAUUAGGUUCAACGACAUUAUAUUGACAGCACUGUGUAGAAGAGAAACAGUACCAUAGUGCAGUGAAACGUAAGGCUAUUAUUUUAGUAUGGGGACCUACACACUGGAGGUGUAAAAUAUAAUUUAAACUUUAUGGCAGCCUUUACUGAAACAGUGCUGCCAGACAACUAUUUUUAAGUUCCUCACCUGCAGUUAGCUGAUACUGUUUACAUCCCUUUUUUGACACAUGCCUUUUAUCUUAAACAGUCCUAAAUUUCUUAAAUGAUAUGAAGUUCUGCACAUCGUCACCUUAAUUUUCAGUCAUUUUCCUCAGCAGGUGUCACAUUGCACAGCAACGUUUUUAGAAAUAGUUUUCCCUAAAAUGGCACAAUUGUACAUGCCAUCUUGAAUCAAGCAAAACUGCAACACUGCUAACAUUGUCUGUCAUAUUAGGGAGAUCUGGCAGCAGUCGUGAAGGUGUGUGGGAGCAUUCAAAACAGUAACAUAAAAUCGUUGUUUUUGUUUUUAUAUGAUUGAGUUCAAAAGUGCAGAUUAAACAUUUACAGCAAACAUGUUUCUCAUUGUGUACAUGAGGCUAAUUGUUCUUGAUAUUAAUAUAACUAAUACUGUUAAUCUGCCAACGCUGCUGUAUUUUGCCAUGUUGAGUACUUUUUGAAGUCAUUAUGUCAAAGUGAGAGUUGUUGGGGCCUGGAAAAAGAAAAAGAAAUGGAAAAAUGUUAAAAAUGUACCAUGAUUUGUAAAUCCAACACAAAGUGACCAAACAUUGCUUUUUAGCAUUCAGUUGGAAUCCCAAAACAAUGGCAGCUUCUACAAAAGAUCACUGAAUACUGAACAUAAUGAAAAUACAGGUGUCACUAUGAAAACAUUCAGAGUGGACAGACCUGUCAGAGCAGAAACAUCAUCAGCUUUAAAAUCAACUUUAUAACUUUGUCAGAAAUAGUCUAAGUGAUCCCAGCAGCAUUUCUUUUUUUUGUUUGUUUUUUUUUUGGCGUUACUUAGGAUGCUGGACACUUGUAGCUUGUGUUGCCUUGAACGCUGCUCUGUGUACCACUGCUGUUGCUCUGCAUCUGUGUGUCAGUCUGAGAGAGGAGGUACCAGACUUCAUUAUGUGUAUUUGUUGGUCAACAGUGUCAGUGAGAAAUAAAUUAUGCAUACAAAAACGGCAUCCACCUGUG